UUCCGGCCGCCAUGUUGCUGGGUGCCGGCUAUAAUCCCGAGUGAAGGUGAAGCUGUGGUCAUGGCUCAUCUGCAGUUCUCUGAACAUAGAGGGUGAACGGGUUUAAACCUAAUUCUGAUUAGUUGUGCGGAUAGGUUUUGUGAUCAGGAUGAAUUGGUGAGAGGGUGUUUCCCGGCUCGGGCUCGGGGACAGCAGGAAGGCCAGGCUGAGGAAGGGGCUUGUACCAGUGCGGGAUGCGGUAGGACCCGUCCCCAGGCCGACCCCCCUCCCCCUCCCCCUCCCACCCCCACCCUCCUCCUUACACUAGGACCUAAUGAUAAAGUGUUGUUCGAAAUUCACUGACAACGCCACUUACUGUAAAAGGAGGAGAUCGAAAUCUGGGAAUUCCCGGUGGCGGUCGGCAGGUUGUUCCCAAUGUCAAGGCAGAGCACCUGCCCACAAAUUGGCCUUUCAGAGUGAGGGACCGCAGGAGGCUGCGGCUUCUUCUGUCUCUUCCCACGGCUGGACUCUUCCGAUCCUGGAGGGCUCUCCCUGCUCCGAUUAAGGGCACUCGUCUUCUCGCCAUUCCCCUCCCUCCAAAGAAAAAUAUCACAGAUAUUGGGUGCUACAUUUAGCAAACGUCUCCAGCAUGGCUUCUACAUCUGUUGAUAAGAUAAACCUGCGCCUUAUUCUAGUUAGUGGGAAGACACAAGAGUUCAUGUUUUCACCAAAUGAUUCUGCUGCAGAUAUUGCCAAAUAUGUCUAUGAAAACUGGCCCAUGGACUGGGAUGAAGAACAAGUUAAUAGCCCCAGCAUUCUCCGGCUCAUUUACCAAGGAAGGUUUUUACAUGGAAAUGUUACCUUGGGGGCUCUGAAGCUUCCUCCUGGAAGGAUGACAGUGAUGCACUUAGUUGCCAGAGAGACAUUACCAGAACCCAACUCCCAAGGUCAAAGAAAUCGGGAGAAGACUGGAGAAAGCAAUUGCUGUAUGAUUUUGUGAGGCCUGCUUGCCUUUUCAGCAUGGCUACAAAUCAAAAGAAGACCUUUUUAUAGCAUUUGUGAGCAUUAUCUUGGAAUCUUCCCAUUCAAAAGAUUGCGAUGUAACUGACUGGCAAGUUGUUGCUAACCAACUUGAGAGUAUUCCUCAUUAUUGCACAGAAUUCUACUGUGGUAUUACACAAAGGAUUUGUAUCCUGCCAAGGCAGAACAGUCUGGGAAGAACUUAACUACUCCUACAGAAAGUUACGGAGUGCUCCUGCUACAGAGAAGUGGCAAUUACAUGGGAGCCAAAUCUUUCCAUUUAUAAUUUUUAUUUUCUAACAAUUUAACUUUUUAAAAAAUUUUUUUCUAAAUCAUAGUUUGGAUAUUUCCAAUUUUAUUCCCUUCCAUUCUGGAAGCAUUAAUCUCUUUUUGAACACAGCUCCAUGCGUGUAACCCCUUCUCUGGUGCCUUGUCCUAGAGACUUUCUUAUGCAUAUGUCUUGACACUAUGUAUCAAUGGGCUAUUUGACCACUAGACAUCACAGCUGAGCUUGAUCAUGUUAUUACUUGAUGUCUGGUCAAGCACUUUACAAACAGCAUCACUAAUGAUAAUUAAGGUAACCCGAGCUGCCAGUUUUUUUUCUCCUCCUUGAUUCAGACAUACUGAGAUGGCUUUUGGCUGCUUUAGGUAAAACUUCUAACAAAUCUAAGUAUAAAUUAUGAUGCUAUCUCCAGCCUUUUUAAAGGGGAGGGGUUUCUGCAAUAAGUCACCUUGGUUGAGGGUAUUCUGUUUUCCCAGUGUAAUGUUUAUCUGUGGUGAAAAUGUCCAUAAGCAGAUCUUUUUCACUUGUUUCAGCAUGUCCUUUUUGUAUUGGGUUCUUUUUGUUUUUUUUUAAAAGUGGAUGUGAGCACUAUAGAGUAAUGUCAAGCCUUUUUAUUAAUAAUACUCUUACCUACACAAUACAGAAGGACUUUCAACUUUGGAUUGGUCUAUCAUGUGAAGCCACUCAAUGUUUAAUGAAGUUUUCAAAAAUAUUGCUUUUCUAGAUUGUAGUUAGUGUGUCUGACGUUUUUUUUAAAAAAAGAGCUACUGUUACUUCUUACAAUAGGAUGAAAUUGCUGCUAUUUUGCCUGUCAAAAGAUUUGUUUUUCUGUUUUCUCUCCUGCACAAACUGUCUCAUUCAGAAGCUUGAAUGAGUUUGAACCUGCAUCGCAGCAUUCCGGAUAUUUGAUGAACCACUUUACCUGCAGGCUCUUAUUACAUAUUUCCUAUCAAGGGAUUGAAACGAGGUUUUAUUUGGUCCAUGCAGCUAGGCAGCUUAGCCUCAGUUUUGUGCAACCUGUAUCAUAUAUGCAAGUGUCAUUUUUGAUCCCCUUCUCUUCCACUAUUCAUUCAGACUGAGACUGAUUGAUUGAUUUCUACCUCUAAUCUAUUUUACAUACCUUUUACCCAUUCCUUAAACUUCUGUUAGAAAUUAUUAUUGGUCUCAUUCUUGGUGAUUUCAACUGAUGCAGUACCCAUAAACUUUUGGGAAAUAGAUUUUAUUUCUUUGUGAUUUCUUUUUUCAUUUGUUUCCUGGUGGAAAAGUGCUUCCUGACUUUAAACAGUCCAUCUGUAAUUUGAAAAACUAUGCCCAUUUAGUCUAGGCUACAUGCCCCCCCCACCCUCGAUACCUUAACUAACUUUUGGUUUUUAAAACUACUUGACUAGAUUACCCCUCAACUCAUGUCAAAAACGCAAAUAUAGUUUUAUUUAACUCUUUAAGUCCUGGUAUCAUUCCAGUGGAUUCGUGGUGUACCUUUUUUGGUGCCAAAGUAACUUUUGCAUAGAUUAGUGCUCAGAAUAGUGCUCCAAAUGAUGUCUGACACAACUUUGUUAUAAUAAAUGCAAUACCAGCAUUUAUUGUCUGUCCCUUUUUAAAAAAAUUGUUUUUAUGAUAAGGUGGUGUUCAGCUGCCAUCUAUAGUUGCUACAGUUCAUCUGAUCUAGGUGCUGUUAAAGAGAGAAUUCUAGGAUUUUGACUUGGUGUUGUGAAGGAACAGUGAUAAUAGUUCCAAGUCAGAAUGGUGAGUGUUUCUCUGUACCUACUGCCCUUGUUCUAAGUGGAGGGGUCACAAGUUUGGAAAAGGUUAUCUAAGGACCUUUUUCAUGAGUUGCUGCAGUGCAUUUUUAGGCUGCUGCUAAUGUGUGCUGGUGGUAGAGGGAAUGAGUUUUAAGGUAGUGGAUUGGUUGCCAGUCAUGGAGGUGACUUUGUUUUGGAUGGUGUUGAGAUUCUCAAGUGUUGUUUAGAACUGCACUUGUUCUCAGUUUCUAAUUCCAACUGCCUUAAAAUAAAAACUACUACUUACAACUGAAUAAUGCAAUAGUGAUGUCUGGCAUUUGGUAGAAAAUCUCAGUGGAAUCUGUCAUCUAGAGGAAAACAUGCAGUAGGUACAUGGGAAUUCUGAGUUUCCUUUCAAUUCCCAUCAUAUUGUGACUUUGACUCAGUGAUGAUGAAAGGGUGGUGAUAAUUGAAGUACUGAAACAUUCUCUAUUACAACAGAGAUUACCUUCGCUGCUUGGUCUGUAACUGUUCAAGGUGACAACUCACCAACAAAUUCUUCAAGAGCAGUAGGGAUCAGCAAAAAAUGCAGGCCUUGGCAACUCUCCUAUCCCAUGCAGAAAUUAAUAACUGCAUUGCUGUAACUAGAUCCUGUUCCAUAUUUUAAAAAUAGAUUCAAAAUUAACAUCUCUAAAUAAAACUGUAGAUCUGACUCAUGCUAGUUACUCAAUAAAUCUGUUUGUUUACAAAUGCUGCAACAUUUACAAGUGGUGAUCCAUUUGACAUGAAAGGGAAAGUGAAUUCCACAUUUUGGGGAAGUUAUUUAAAUUAUCUGCUUGUAUUUGAUACUUAUGGAAAAACCAUUACAUGCUGCUGAAGUUAAUUUCUAAUCUUUGCUAACCUGAUUCCAUAUUUACCAUUCCAACAGUAGUUUUGUUGGAAUCUGUCAACAAAUCAGCCCCCAGAUUGAGUCUUGCUAUUCAUAACAGAAGCAGUUAACCUGAGUGAUUUUAAAAAAAAAAGUCAAAUAUGGUAACAUAGGACUUGUCAAAAAAAUCCUUAUUUCUCACUUCCCUUCUGCAUCCUGUCACCAAAUCUACCCAUUUACUAGAUAGUUGCUUCAGUUUUAAUUUGAGCUUAAAUACAAAAAUUGUUAUACCACUUUUGCAUCAGUGGUGAUGCAAUUGAAAUAUUUAAUAGUUGGUACCAGUCUUAAAAAUAUGUUUGUACUACAGCUGUAGUAUGUGAGAAGUCUUUUCACUUUGAUGUGAAAUGUAUCAUCUUGAAUUCAGUGCUUGAACUCAUUCCUAAACGCAGAGUUAGAUAUCCUGGAGUACUUUGCAGAGUUGAUUUUAAACCCUGAGUCCAUGUUUAUAAUGCUAUCAAUAUAAAGCAGAAACUGCUUCACAUCUUACUAAAUUCAUAGUGGAAUUGCACUCUGUCUAGGUUGCCAACCUUUUUUAUGGUGCAACUGUUUUGUUUGAAAAUGAUUUGAUUUUUGUAAUGAGUUGUCUUAAUCACUGUAGGAAAUGUUCAUCUUUGAGUUGUAUAGGACAGUCAGCCAAUCUGUCUGAAUUGAAUCAUACAGUUUCUGAUGCACUUUUCAGUGAGGGAAGGGCAAGUCUGUGUUUUUGGUAUCUGAUCUUUCCCAUUGUACAGGAGACUGGGAUUGUGAAGUCCACCACAGUUCAGCUGGACUUUUCACCAGAACCACCUUAAGUGCAUACAGGAUGGGUACCAACAUCUGACCUUGCCAGCAAAGCCUGAAUCCUAUGAUUGCAUAAAGUGAAAACUGUAAAUGUUUGGGGUCUGAAAAUAAAAAUAUGCUGAUGUGCACACUUCAUCAGAUUCUGAGAGAAAGCAAAUUGAGCUUUUUUUGUUUGUAUACUCUUGAUCCAAUUGGACUAUUAUUGAUCCAUGUAUAUUCAUUACUUAUUAAAUUUAGGAUUGUUUGUUCAGCAUUCUUCCAUCUGACUCAAAAUACACCGAUCCAGUUAAAUCAUGGUCAUGGCUCUUAAAAACAAGAUGCUUUGUUAAUGCAAACUCUGCAGCAGCAAUUAAUAAAUGGAAAAUAGAUUAUAAAAGCUGCAUAUUUGAACACUUUCUCUUAACAAUGGUCUAUGAAGUGUCAAUUUUUUAAGGCAUUGAGAUAUUGAAGUUCUUUCCAUUUCUAUAGUUCAAAAUUACUGAUGCACAAUGACUUGGGGAAAGAAUUAUUGUAUAAUAAACUAAUUAAUGUAUGGCUUUUAAUAAUUAUGAUUUGACAGGUGUACAGGUAUGUGUUAAUACUUCUGUAGAUGAAUUGGAUUUGCCUGCUGUUAAAAAAUCUUAAACAUUUGAAUUUGCUUAACUGUAUGAAAAAUUUAAAGAAAAUAUAACCAGCGUAGAACUUCCGGUAAAUUGUGUGUACCUAUACUGUUGUAUGUUGAUACUUGAAGCUUCUGGUUUCAGACAUACUGUUGCACAAACUUGCACAUUUUUGGUUAGUUAAUUUUUUCUUUCUCUACCAGAUUUUUGAUUGUAAGUCAAAGAUCAUGAUAGUCACCAAAGCUGAGAGUAAUCUAUCCUUGCUGGUGUCCAAUAUGUGCAAUUUCCAGUUUAACUGGAGUGUAAGCGUGGUUGCUAUACUAUAUCAAAUGUGAUUAACUAAUGGCGACGUGUCAAACAUGGCACCAGUGUGCUUUGUAUGGCUCAGUUUCUAAUUGCCUUAAUUAGCUGAAUCACUGAAGAAUAAAAUCUCUCAAUAUUUUUCAGGUCAUUUUAUCAUCUUUUAUUAUCUGGCACUUUUUUCUCCCAAGAGUUAUAUUAUGUAUGUGAAUACUGCCCUUGAUGAUUAUUUGUAUGUGGAAUUGAAACUGUGUGUGCUGAUAACUUAGUGGAUUGGAUAAACACUAAAUGAGACAGGAAAAGAAUGAAAUUAUUAUUGCAGUUCAUUGUUCUGGUUUGAGCUUAUACCAGCAUUUGCACAACUGAAUCUAAGCUGCACUUUUUUUUUCUUUUGGUACAACACCAUAACAAGUCUAUAAAAGUGUGCAAUAUUGUAAUGUACCCUAACUUAGAUCUUGUACAAGCUUAACAUUACCCCACCCAAACUCUUCUCCCUCCAUCCACACCCUACCACAUCCACAUUAAGGUACAACAUGCUGACAUUUUCAUGCCUGCAUACAAAGAUCCUUCUUCUACAUUUAAAAAUGUUAUAAUUUUAGAUAUAUUUUAUAUCCUUAUCUUCCUUCCAGAUGUAUUAUGGUGGCUCUUGCCCAAGUCAAAUGUUGAAUUCAAAGUUGGAUUGUUGUACAUAGUCUAAACUUAAAGAUUAAAGUGAGUAUUGUUCAGGGUUAUCUUUGCUCCAGAACAUCUUUGCAGGAGUUCUUCAAAGUAGAUAUGCUCUGCAAUUGGUAGGACUUGAACCUGAGCCUCCUAGUCUGGAAAGAGGUACAGCUGCUGUACCACAACACUUUUGGCCCUCUGGCUAGAUAUUUUCUAAUCAACCUGUUCAGUGCUGUAAUUGCACACUUCUGAAGCAGGUGUAACUUGUAUGUAGGUCUCCUGUCUGAGGUAGAAAUCAUCAUUCUGGACAUUGAGCAGAAACUGACUGGACUCAACAUGUAAAUAUUGUGGGUACAAGAACAUGUCAAGCUGGGAAUGCUGCACUGGGUAAACUGCCUCCUAACUCCCCAAAGCCUGUCCAAAUUCUUAAAAGCCCAGGUCAGGAGUGUUGGGGAAUAAUCCCCACAUGCCUGAAUGAGUAUGGCUCUAACAACACUGACCAUUCCAGGACAAAGCAAUGUACUUGAUUAGUACCAUUUUCAUUCUCCACCACUGACAUUCAGGAGCAGCAGUAUGUAUCCUCACAACCUUCUUCCGUUAAAGACUCCAACCCUUCUCCCAGUCUUCUGUUGUAUCUGUUCUGCUAAUGCCACCUACUACUUAAUUGCUACUGUGAUUCAUGGGCCAAACGUGUCUAAGUGCCCACCUCCCACACUUUUUUGCCUUUUUUUUAAUAUUUUUCCUUCCCUCCUUCAGGCUCCCCCAGUCCUCACCACCCCACCAGCCUCUGCAUCCAAUAGACUUUAAGUGCCAUUUCUGUCACCUCCAACCAGGCACCCCUUCCCCUUCCCUCUCUUGUCAGCAUUCUGCAGGGGCCAUUCCUUCCAGGACACUCAGUCCACUUCUCCAUUCCCAACAUCUCCCCUCGCUCUCUGCAAUUGCCAAAGGAGUAAUAUGUGUUUACUGACUCCCUUCUCACCAUCCAAAGCCUUAGACAUACUUUGUAGGUGAAGCAGUAAUUUGCCUGUACUUAGAUAAAAUUAAAACCCUAUUCGCUGCUUACAAUGUAAUGUCUCCAUUUGGGGAAGCAAAACACAGACUAGGUGACUGCUUUGCAGCAUACCUACAUUGCCCACAAAAAUGUCCCUGAGCUUUCAGUUGUCUGCCUCUUCAACACAUGUUCCCUGGCCAAUGUUACUGUUGCAGGCCUUCUGCAGCACACACACAGCACUGAUGGCAUUUUAAAAAGGCAGCCCCAUCACACUUUCGCAGGGCAGCUAAGGAUGACCAAUGCUGGCACAACAAGAUAAAGCCCUAUAUGGCCAAAUGUUUGUCCCUGUGUGCUUCUCUGUCUGAAAACACCUAUCUCAAAAACUAAUAUCCAUGUAAGGAUAUGGAGAAUUUGACCUUUUUCUGGCAUAUGUUGACGUGGAUCCACUUUGAGACAAAGCCAGCUUAAGUUUAUUAAGGUGUCCAAUCACUUGCCCAUAAACCUGCGAAGUGACUUAUAGUUAAUGUGAAUUUUACCAGCUGUGUCAAGGUCUGGAUGACCAGAUGCAUAAUAGCCUCUGUUUUGAUCUUGUGAUUUUUGUUUUUGAGUCCUGCU